AAUACAGAAAUCGAUUUGAAAAUGCGGAAACCCAAUCGGUAGAAUAGUGGGUGCACUGCAUCCGCAUCACCGUUCCGAGAUGAUUUACUCACUUUCUUAACACUACCGGUUCGUGAUAGCGAUCUACGCCGAGUGUUGUAAGGGUUCGCACCCCACAAUAUUUCACCCCCGCUUUCUCGUCCGCUGCUACUUUGUCUUCUUCAACGUCAUCAUCCACGUCGAUUAGUGAUCACCGUGCCACGGAUGGUGGGAGCGUAACUUCGGGAAGUGUGCUUUGUACGCUUGCGCUCAGAUUUCAGCAUUAGUUCAGCGCUAGAACUCGAUUCGGAAGUGUGAUUUGCAAACGCCAGUGCCAUCGUUCUCGUGUAUAAAUAUUAAUUCUGUUUGGUGUUGUUUGUUUCGCAAUUAUUUUUAUUUUAGUCAAUGUAAUCGAUUUUCCCGCCUUAAUAGUUGUUUUGUGUGUGAGUGCGUGUAUGUAUCCAUGGUGAAAAAGUGAUAUUAUUAAAGCACAAAAGCAACUUGUUCGGUGGUGAACUUUUACGCAAAACAGUAGCGGCAGAGCUGCUGCCCAAAACACUGUGUCACUGUCGGUGGUUGCCGAAGCACGGCAACGGGGACGAUAGGCUUCACGACCCGUUCGUGGCCUAGGUGUUUAGUUUUGGUGGCGUUUUUGUGCGUCCAAAUUUUUGUAGACAACACUCACCACUACUUCGCGUCCACCAUCCAGUGGUGCAAUACGCCGCAGCGAACCAAUUAGCUUUGCGCGCCCGGUUUUCAACGGAACGGAAGUGCGCUCACAAACAACCGAAAAACAGCACCCCGACGACUGUUACGACAGCAGUACCCACGAACCGACGCACAGAAAUACAUGAUAAAAUGUUGAUAACCGGCAGCGAGACCAGUGUGGCAACGAUCGACGAUGGAGGGACGAUGUGGAGCAGACAGCAGAAUGCCGUCUCCGUGCGGCAUGCGUUCAAAUCGUACGGCACCAAGAAGAAACCAAAUCAAGUUCUAUCGAAUCUUAACAUGACAGUAGCCAAAGGAACUAUUUAUGGACUUUUAGGAGCAUCCGGUUGCGGUAAAACGACACUUCUAUCAUGCAUAGUAGGCAGAAAGCGACUAAACUCAGGAGAAAUAUGGGUCCUUGGAGGAAAGCCGGGAACAAAGGGAUCUGGAGUUCCAGGAGCACGCGUAGGUUACAUGCCGCAAGAGAUAGCUUUAUACGGCGAAUUCUCGAUCCGCGAAACGAUGAUGUACUUCGGCUGGAUCUUUGGCAUGCACACGUCAGAAAUCGUCGAGCGGUUACAGUUUUUGCUCAAUUUUCUCGAUUUGCCAUCGGAGUCUCGGUUGGUGAAGAACUUGAGUGGUGGUCAACAGCGUCGAGUUUCGUUUGCCGUUGCCCUGAUGCACGAUCCGGAGCUGCUCAUUCUCGAUGAACCAACCGUCGGUGUGGAUCCACUACUUAGACAAAGUAUAUGGAAUCAUCUCGUACACAUCACCAAGGCCGGCCAGAAAACUGUCAUCAUUACGACGCACUACAUCGAAGAAGCCCGACAAGCACAUACGAUCGGUUUGAUGCGAUCUGGUCGCCUGUUGGCAGAAGAAUCACCCAGCUGUCUGUUGUCGAUGUAUCGCUGCAGCAGCCUGGAAGAUGUCUUCCUGAAGCUGUCACGCAAACAGGGUCAAGCUAAUGUGGCACCAGCUGAGUUGAACAUCAGCAACAACAUAUCACUGUCGGCGCUAGCAUUUGGCAACAAAAAGGAUAACCCAGUCUACGUCAGCCAGGAAAGUGGUGUCGUCGGACUAAACUUCCACCAGAGCAAGGAAGUACUCAUCAGUGACAGUAACGGAUCCACCAUUGCUAUUAACGGACUCAAUGGGUCAGCGCCCGGUGCGAUCAGUCAGGCAGUCGAAUGCGAUAACUGUACCGAAUGUUCGGGUUGUUCCAAUUUCACAUCGAAGGGAAAAAUCCGAGCACUGCUCGUCAAAAACUUCCUGCGCAUGUGGCGAAACGUGGGUGUGAUGUUGUUCAUCUUCGCCCUACCGGUAAUGCAGGUGAUUCUGUUCUGUUUGGCAAUUGGACGUGACCCAACCAACUUGAAGAUGGCCAUCGUAAACGGUGAAAUGAACUCGACCAUCGGUGAAGACUGUGCGUUCGAUCCUGGGUGCAGCUUUACCAAUCUGUCCUGUCGAUAUCUGAGCCACCUAAACACUACCAUCGUGAAAGAGUACUACACGGAUCUUGAUUCGGCGCUCGGUGCGGUACGGGAUGGAAAUGCCUGGGGUGCUCUAUACUUUACGGACAACUUUACCGACGCACUUGUGGCUCGCAUAGCGCUUGGACGUGAUGCGGACGACGAAACGUUGGAUCAAUCGGAGAUUCGUGUGUGGCUCGAUAUGUCUAACCAGCAGAUCGGUAUCAUGCUCAACCGGGACCUGCAAGUAGCGUAUCGGGAGUUUGCCCAACAGCUGCUCCGAGUGUGCGACAACAACCCGAAACUUGGCGAUGUACCGAUUCAGUUCAAGGCUCCGAUCUACGGCACAAAUGAUCCAUCGUUCACGGACUUCGUUGCGCCAGGAGUCAUUUUGACUAUCGUGUUCUUCCUGGCAGUGGCGUUAACCUCUUCAGCUUUGAUCAUCGAACGUACCGAAGGUUUGCUCGAUCGUUCAUGGGUUGCCGGUGUUACACCGACCGAAAUUCUGUUCUCGCACGUCGUCACACAGUUUGUGGUAAUGUGCGGCCAAACGGCACUGGUACUGAUCUUCAUGAUCGUGGUAUUCGGUGUAACGAACAAUGGUGAGAUCGGUUGGAUCGUCAUACUGACCAUCUUGCAGGGUCUGUGCGGUAUGUGCUUCGGGUUUGUCAUUUCGGCAAUCUGUGAGCUUGAACGUAACGCCAUCCAGCUGGCGCUCGGGUCUUUCUAUCCCACGUUGCUCCUUUCCGGUGUGAUUUGGCCCAUCGAAGGUAUGCCGCUUGUGUUGCGAUACGUUUCGCUCUGUCUACCGCUCACGUUGGCCACGACAUCCCUGCGCUCGAUACUGGCCCGUGGCUGGAGCAUAAUGGAACCAGACGUAUAUAUGGGCUUCGUUUCCACGAUCGCCUGGAUUGCGCUGUUCCUUGUCAUCACGAUGCUGGUGCUGAAGUUUAAGCGAGGCUAAAUGCAAAGCGCCACGAUCGGGAAACAUUUUCAUUUUCACCUUCGGGGUUUCGUUUUAUCCGUGGCUACGCUCAAACGAUACCCGGCUGAUGCGACUGUAACCCCCCACUUUGGGUGGUGUACAUCGCCAUUAGUCGUCGAUCCAAAAACAGCGUAUGAUCGUGCAUAUGUGUGGGAAGAAAGACUAUAUAGCAAAAAAGGGACGCGUAGCAUCACGACCUGUGGUGCUGUACAUGAAACAUACACACAUUACAAUUUGCUCAAUCUUAUGUCUUGAACUCUCAUCUAUCACUUUUUUAUCGCCCUUUCAACACUAGCUGCUACUAUGGUACUGCUUUUGUCCCUUUCUUUUCUUUUUACAAUAAAACUAUAUU